CCCUGCCAUGGGGGCGGGAGCAGCACCGGGCGGCCUCCCCGUUGUCUCCCGCCUUGUGGGGCUUGCUGGGCACUGCCAGCCAUGACGCGGCCGUUCGGCGCGGGCUCGCCGUCGCCGUGCCCGCCCGUCACCACGUCCCGGCGCCAUUUUAGGCCGGCGGUCGCGGGUAGAGAGACCGCCCGGGACUGCAGAAACCAGUCCAUUACAGAGUUCUUCAAACCAGUUCUAAAACAAGACCUUGGCCAUAAAGACAGAACUGUGUUGUGCUCACCAGACAGAGGAAAUGUAAAAGAUGCAGGAGUUGAACUGUCGGCUUUGUGCGUUGAACGAUUUGAAAAGAAAAUAUCCUCUCCAAAGCAAGUUAGAAGAAAAAAGAUGCCAGUCCAAACACCAAACACAAGUCCUGGGCUAGAAGCCAUUCGAAGAGGAGUUAAGGGAAAUAAGGACAAUGUAAACCUGUUGGAGAACAGCAAAGCAUGCAGAGCAUUGAGUUCAGUAUAUCCUACGGUUGUGAUUCAAAAACUCCUCGUAACUGCAGGAUCUUCCAGCUGUUUGUUGGCUAAAAAGGAUAAAAUUGUCAAGCAGGAACAGGGAAGACAUGAAAAGUGUCCGAGUGUAACAAGGACACCAUUGUCCUGUGGAAAUAGUUGGGAACAGAGGACUGACUCUGUGGAUCAAGAAGAGACCAGUUCAGACUCUGACAAAUGGGUUUUGUCGUUAGAAGCUGAUACUCAAAAAACUUGCGCUGGAAAUAAUGGCAGUGUGAGCAGCACAGCUCUGUGCCAAAACCCAGGGCAUUCUGUGAAAUUGCCGUACGGUCCAAGUGACCCUCAAUAUAGGCUAUCACUGGAAGCUCUCCGCAGAGAAAGAAAGUGGGAAAAACAUAAAAAGAAACAAUCUAUGCCACCUCCAGUAAAGCCAUUCUCAGGAACAAGUUUAUCACAUCAGGGAAAUGGGUGUCCCUUGAGAAAAAGAUCCCAUUCUGUUUCAUGGGAGACUACCUCAGAUGACUCAUCUCAGUCAAAGCAUACUUCAAAACCUGAGGCAUCUUCUCCAAAUCUAGUGAGACUGUCAUCUGAGAAAGCCACCAUUAUGUGGAAAAGCCAGUCUUUUCCAUCACUCUGCCUUAGUUCUAAGAUGUCUUCUAGGCCAUCCAAACAAAAAGACCUUCCUGGAAAAAGAAAACGCACUGCCAUGAACUUGGAAGCAAACAGUUCAAAUCAAUCUGCGGUAGCAAGUUUGGAUGACUCUCUUUUUAGUAGAUCAUCUGAACAAUGCAGAAAUAGGAAGUCUGACUUUAUGAAAAACAGCCUCUUAAAGUCUCCGUGUAAUGGUGUUGUGCAGCUCACAGAGGCUGCUGCUCUACCCAGACAUGAUUCUACUCUUUUAGAGGAAUAUCUUGACGCAAGCCAUGAAAAUGAGAAAAAUGAUUCCCCCCCUGUAGGUUUGUCAUCUUCGUAUUCUGCACACAGUCCUAAUAAAAAUAACCAUGUUUCUGUUGUGGAUACCAAAGAGAAUCAAUUGCAGGUGACCCACUCCUGCUUUUUCUUGGAAAAGUCUCUUUCUCAGGAAAAGACUACUGUGUUGCCUUCUCUCCACCACUUAAUUCAGACAAACACUGUAUUCACAAAAGACAUGAAAUCUUGUCUCCAGAAUGCUGACUUAUCUCAGGUAUUGAAUGCUAUGAAACAGCAAGAUGGAAAAAGACUAGAAAGACCUACACUUUGUGAAGCUGAUAGUACUGAACCUGGCAACAGUUUACCAAAACCUAAAGGAAAAACAUUAGAAAGUAGUUCCAAUUUGCAUUCAGUGGACAGUUUUGGGAAACUUGCACUCUCAGAAGAGGUUGCUAAAAUUGCUCCCUGUUCAUUACCUUUUAAAGAAGGAUGUGUAGGAAGCAACCAAAUGUCUUCGCAGCUCUCAGGAGAGUUGAAAGUUGAAAAAACCUGUAUAGCAACAUCUAAGCUGAACAGCAAAUCAAAGAGCAGCAUUGACAGUGAAGAUGAGAAUUUGGACUGCGAUCUAGAUGAUGAUGAUGAAGAAGAAGAAAUAUUCUUGCCAUUACAAGAAAUUCUGUCGUCAAGUCCCCAGCCAGAGAUGGGAACCGUGGAAGGAGACUGUCUUGAGAAUCUUUCGCAGGACACCAUGAGUCCAUCACCAAAGCUUCCUCUUUCUAAGCCUCCUGUUGUUAGCCAAGUGUCAUAUGUGAACAGCUUAGAGCAUCUCUUGAAGGAGAAAGAAGAAUCUAAAAGGGUAGAUGAACUAGAAAAGCGGUUACAGGAAGACAUACAGGGAACAGAAACAAAUUCUUCAGAUGGAGAAGAUGAGGAGGAUGCCAGUGCUGAUGGAGAUCUCUCAGAAGAACAUAGGGCAUUUAUACAGAGAUUUUCAAUAACGGCUCAUGCCAUACCUGACUACCACCCUGGAGAAGAUAUAUUUGACUUAGCAACAUCUGGAAAAAUCUUCAAUCAGAACAACCUUGACUUGAGGAACUUUUAUUUCAUACCUCAAAAUCCUAUAGAAAAACUCCUCCUUAGUUCUAAUGCAACACAGCAGCUUUCUCUAGCUAUUCAUGGCUUUCUAAGUUCUGCUUACAGUUGUGUCUUGUGUCCCAUACCAAUUCUAAAGUGGCUUUUCCAGAUUAUGUCUGUUCAUCCUGACUACUGUGUUUCCACACAGAUAUUAGACAAAUUGAUGGAAAUAACAAUAAAAAAUGCUUCCAUCAGUGAUGAACAGUCUAAACCAUGGAUUCCUUCACUAGCUGAUGUGUCAGCUGUUUUUGUCAAUAUGGGUGUUGCGUUUAGAUCUCUCUUUCCAUUGCAGCAUCUUCAGCCCAACUUUAACGAGUGUGAUAUUUUAAGUCAUAUGCAAGAAACAAUGGGUAAAAACCAGCUAAGAGGAGAUCUCAUCACUGCCAAUCCACCAGCCUUCUCCACUGUACCAGAAACCAAUCUAAUUAAUGUGAUUAAGUUUCUAGGCUUUUGUACAACAGUAUAUCAAGGUGGUUAUACUGAUCAAGAAAUACUGCUGCUGCUUCUAUCACUAUUUAAAAUAAGCUUGGAGAAACAAUUAAAGCAAAUUCCUUUGAUAGAUUUUCAGUGCCUUUUUGUAAAGCUUCUGAAAAGUAUAAAAGACUGGGAUACAAAGAUGCCUGAGAUGUGCCUGGCGGUGAGUGAACUCUCUAGUCAGCACCAUAAUCUUCUGUGGCUGGUUCAGCUGGUCCCUAGCUGGAUAAUACGUGGAAGGCAAGUAAGAAGACGACUUAGCCUAGUGAUAAUUUCGAAGCUUCUUAAUAAAAAGCAUAUAAGAAUACCUGAUACCAGUGAUGAGCAGAUGUAUGUUCUGCGUCAGUAUCUGGUGUACAUGAAACCUUCUAGUCUACUAAAGAGGACAAGAGAAAGAUUAGAGCAGCAGAAUGAUGUCAAUGGAGAGCACCUUCAUGCAGAACUAGAACAGCAGACAUACUACCUAAUCUAUAUCCUCCUCCAUCUAGUCAGUGAAGCUAGUUUCUUUGACGUUGUAAAUUCUAAUCAAAGGCAACACUUACUGAAGCUUUGUGGUGCCUUAGAUAAACACAUAAAAUGCGAUAUUAGGGAAGAUGCAAGGCUGUUUUAUCGAUCUAAGGUGAAAGACUUGGUUGCUAGGAUAUAUGGCAAAUGGCAAGAUAUGAUACAAAACACUCGGCCUACUCAGGGAAAACUGCAUGAUUUCUGGGAGCCAGAUCUGUGAAACCUUACCUAGUUCAGGGAAAAUAGAGAAAUUGAACAAGGAUCUUUUCUGAAGCCAAGGAAGAUUUUAGAAUGAAUGGAGCUACAGCUUGGUUGAAACAGAGGAAAUCAGAUACCUAAAUUAAAACUUGAGCUCGGUUCAGGCAAAUACUAAAAACACAACUAUACAGUUUGAUUGGAAUUGCAUUUAUUACCAAUAUACUGAUUCUGAAAAAAUGAAUGGGGUAAAGUAGGGGGGGGGAAUCAUCCUUUUCUAUAGCCCUCGCUGAAUUAGCCAGUACUUUUUUUUUUUUUAAUCGAAAAUUGAGGGAAGUUUUCUCAUUUCGUUUCCAUUCUUAAUCACCAAUGCGUAAAGUCUUCAAAAAUAUCUUGUUUUCUUGUCUGUAUGCAGCUAUAAGUAUUGGUUCAGCAUGACUAGGAAAGAGAACUGCCCCAUAAAAUGAAACAUGAGUUCAGAAACAGUAUUAGGUCUCUCCUGUUGUGAGUAGGUGAAGAAGUAUUUGGAAUUGGACUGAAUAAUGAAGUAGCCUGCGCAUGUUAUUCUGUAAAGCAGAAUUGACUUGACCAUCCGAUGUCUCUAAAUAGUGGAAAACACAGCAGCUGUGUGUGAGCAAGGGACUGCCCUCUUUGCUUGAGGGAGGAAGUGUGCCCCCACAGGUAAAUUGGCUGGUACUUUGCUCCAUGGCUGUGGUUCAUCAAAUAACGGAACAGAAUUUUUCACUGCAGUGAUGCAUACGUUUUAUCUUCCUCAUCUUUAGGCAUUAGUUUGUUUAUGCAGUGAAUGUGACUGUGCAGGAAGCGAUUCUGUUAAGACCAUAUUAUGAAUGCAGUCUUAUUACAUGGGCGGUAUUGUUGUACUGCUUUUUAAGGUACAAGUUUACCUGUACUUGUUAUCUGGCUUCAGCACCUUUCUUUAAAUGGAGGAAAUACUAUUCCUAGAAUAUCAAGCCAGUGGAGAUUUGAGAAGAUGAGCAUUUGGCCUGUAUGUGUAAAAAUAACCGUGAAAGCCAUAUGAAGUCUGAAAUCCUUUGUGCCAAGUGUUGUCACAUAUACAAUGUGUGCUCAAAGCUCAAAGAGCUGUUCAUGGACUAAUCAAAGGAAAAUGUGGUCUUUUGUGCUUUCUGUGUGUAUGCCGUCAUCUAAAUCUUAUGCUGUGUUUUGUCUGUAGGAUGUGUGUAUAUAUGAACAAUAAGUUUAGGUAUUGGGUAGAAGCCAACUGGGAUUCCUUUAAAAAGUGAGAUUUUUAAUAAUAGCUGUGUGUACAUUUUAUAAUACCGUUUCCUUUUAAUUUUUGUAGAUUACUGUCUUGUAUGAUAGAUUUGCAACUUUUCAAAAUAAAGGUAAAAAAAAAGACUCAAAAAUCCAAAUUUAAGUAUGUACAUUAUAUAUAAAGGAACUGCUAUAGAACAGACACAUGACUUGCAGGGAAGGUAUUUUAUUUGCAAAUUCAUAUUAAAUGUAUUGUCCUUCAUUUCAAGCAUUAGUGAAUUAGCCUAAAACUGCAACAUCCCUGUACCCUUCACAGGAUAAUCAGCUUAUCUUUAUUAGAACAAGACUUAUGCUGAUGUCAAUAUUCAGGAAGAAAAACAACCCCUCUUUUUUUAUUUAUUUUUUUUAUCUCAGCAUGUCAUUCAAGGAUUGGAAGAAUCUACCUCGAAGAAUAUUUUUGUUUGGCAGUAGAACUACUUUAGACUUAAAAAAAAUUACUUGGUGUGGUAUGGGGAUGUACAAUGCCGUCCUCUGCUCUGUCUUUGAUAGUUUACCAACCUUCUCCCCGGUAGCAGUUGGUUACUGUGUGAAUAUAUUGUAUGUAAUUUUAUUAAUGUUUAUAUUUUUCUCACUAACAUUGUAUAAAGUUUAAAAAAGUACAGAGUAGGUUUACUGUAUCUAAUGUGUAUAUAUUUUCUUACUAUGUAAAGCUAAAGUUACUGUCCUGUACAUUUUGGGGG